AUCUUGAAAACAUCGGCCAGUUUCCCGUCGUAUGAGACUCUCCUGCUGAAUUUUGCAAUCUGAUUUUCUGUGAAGUCGUGCACAAACUUUUUCUCUGUCUGAAAAUUGUUUGGGUUGGGUGUUUAAGCGCUCGUGGCAAACGCAAUCGACAGCUGCAGUCGCGAAGUCGUGAGAGGUCCGUUGUAGACGCGUACAUCAACUGCCUUUCACUCAUCGCUGACACAGUUACAUAAAGAUAAAGAUGGGCUCCCAGGAUCCUGGACCGAUUCCUCCUCGAUGGCUGCAUUGUCCACGCAAAUCGGGUUCUUUGUUAUUCAACAAGUUCCUCGCGUUCAAAACUCCAUUGGACUCCAGGUAUGACGACAAAGUCAGCCUCGAGUACAGGUUUCCCCCAAGCAUGCUAUUCGACUCACUCAAGAGCUACAAGUGUGAAAUUGGUCUUUGGAUUGAUCUGACGAACACAUCAAGGUUCUACGACAAAGCUGAAGUGGAGAGUAGAAACUGCACUUACGUCAAGUUGUCCUGUAGAGGUCAUGGAGAAACUCCUUCAUUAGAGCAGACUGAUGUUUUUAUUCGAAUUUGUAAAAAAUUUAUAGCACAAAACCCACUCAAAUCAAUUGGUGUGCACUGCACUCACGGAUUCAACAGAACUGGUUUCAUGCUGAUAGCUUUUGCUGUGAGUGAAAUGGACUGGAGUCUAGACUCAGCUGUACAAGCUUUCAGCAAGUUCAGAGAACCCGGAAUCUACAAGCAGGAUUAUUUGCUUGAACUGGCCAAACGCUUUGACGACCCGAGUGACGUGAUUUCAGCUCCAGAAAAGCCAGCAUGGUGUUAUGAAGAUGAAGAUGAAGAGGAUGAAGACGAGCAGAACGAAGGACUGAAACAUAAUUCGAGCAAUGGCCAAAGAAAACGCGAUAGGGUCAAGAAAAAUCCAGUCUUCAUGGAAGGAGUCAGCGGCGUUACAUCAAUCACAGAGCAGCCAAUGCUACAAAACUUGCAGUGGAAGUUCCAGGACUUCUGCCACUGGACAUCGACUGGUUUUCCUGGCUGCCAACCUGUGUCUAUGGACCAGACCAACAUUUUCAAAUUGAAAAAGCCCUACAUGGUGUCCUGGAAGGCUGACGGCACUCGAUACAUGAUGUUAAUUCUGGGCCGCAAUCAGAUAUACUUUGCUGACAGAGAUCACUGCAUCUUCAAGGUGGAAGGGCUCACUUUUCCACACCCCAGCGACAGGGAAUGCCGAAGACACUUGACUAACACCGUGUUAGAUGGGGAAAUGGUGAUCGAUCGAUUUGUAGAAAAAAACAGCGAUGGCAUGCCUGUGACGAAGGACGUACCUAGAUACUUGGUUUACGAUAUUAUUUGUUGUGAUGGAGAAGAUGUCUCACAAAUACCUUUCAGAAAGCGCUACGAUUGCAUAGAGAAAAUGGUGAUUAGUCCAAGGCAUUUGGCAAUUUCCAAAGGCAUCAUCUCAAGGAAUGAUGAACCAUUUGGCCUGCGGCGCAAAGAUUUCUUUGACAUUCAUUCCACUAAGUCAUUGCUCGGAGAGAAGUUUAGGAAAAGCUUAUCACAUGAACCUGAUGGUCUGAUUUUCCAGCCUAGAGAAGAUCCUUACAUCACUGGAAGGUGUGAUGACGUGCUGAAAUGGAAACCUUCAUCUCACAACUCGGUGGAUUUCAAGCUUAAAGUAGUGCAGCAAGAAGGGGAAGGCCUGAUCAAAAAGAAAAUUGGGCAGCUCUACUGCGGUGGCCUCAGCACACCGUAUGGGUCCAUCAAAGUCAGCAAGGCCGUCCGUGAUCUGGACGGGAAAAUAAUUGAAUGUCGACUGAAUGAAAGGAAUGAGUGGGAGUUGAUGAGGGAGCGAACUGACAAAUCAUAUCCAAACGCGUACUCCACGGUGCAAGGCGUAAUGACAAGCAUUCUCCAACCAGUCACCACUGAAUAUCUUCUGGAUUUCAUUGAGAGAUAUUGCCCAAAGCCCCCACAAAAGAGACCUGCCAGCACAGAGCAAAAGCUCAUGCCGCCCCCGAAAUUCGCCAAAUUCUAGUAGUUAUUUUGGCUCCCAUAUUUUAUUCAUUAACUGUCAAGCUGCUGUUCAUUAAUCAUGGAAAAGUGUCAUUUUUGAAAUUCUUGGUCAAGAUGAGUAAAGUAUUGGUCAUUGAAAGUAUAUUGAAUGGUGAGUUAACUUUCGGCAAGUUAAAACGUCACUGUUGAACCUUUGUAUUUGAUGUUUAUUGAACAGUAAAGCGAUCAUACGAUUUUUAAAGUGAAAUGAAACUAUUAUUGUCUUAUUGUACUACUUACACGUAUUUUUAACUGCCCUAAAUUGGCUAGCUUGAAAUGAUUGAUUGAUUGAUCAAAGCAAAAAGUUUAACAAAUUGUGUAUUGGAUGUGAAUUACUUAGUUAGCAAUUUGGAAAAGACUGAAAAUAACAAAAAAUAUGGGUAUAAUUAUUAUUAAUUAAAACGUUGCAUUCAUGCAGUUUGGAAGAUCAUUUUACUAUUGUCAAAUAGUUACCUUUUUACAAUAAUUACAAAUACUCACAAGCAACUGUCAUUCAGUUUUUAUAGGAAAAUAAGUGGCAUCGAGUCUCACAGAACCCCUCUGAAACUUUAUUAUUAGCCUUAACUGCUAGAAUAAUUAAAGGUUGCCUACAUGUUAGUAUGGUACAUAAAAUAUAAAA